CAACAAGCUAUUUAUGUUUGCUCAGCUCUCGUUAUCCUCUUCCUGGCCUCAAUUCGCAUGAAGCCCCGUCUCUGCGCCGCUUGACGGCCGCCGCCGGCGAUGGCCCUCGGUUUGUUCUCCCUUUCUCCUCGCAUUCUUCUCCCUCCAUCGUUCUCAACAUCAUCGCUCUCUAUCCAACCUCUCCGACUCCUAGAUGGACGGCUUUUAAUGGCGUACUGCCGCCGGAGCUGGUGUAGGAAAUGGCCUCUCGAAGGAGUUAGGGAGAAAAGUAUUUGCGUUGCAUGUUCUGGUUCGCCUCGCGGCGUGGACAGCGGUGACGAGAAUGAGGAAGAGAGCGAAGAGGAAGAUGAAGUGGAUGAGUCUAUGAUGGCUUCUACUUCACCGGAGAGAUGGGAUGCCCUAGGUCUUGGGCAGGCGAUGGUGGAUUUUUCAGGUAUGGUAGAUGAUGAAUUUUUAGAGCAGUUAGAUCUAGAGAAGGGCACAAGGAAAGUUAUAAAUCAUGAAGAAAGAGGAAGAGUAUUACGAGCAAUGGAUGGCUGCAGUUAUAAGGCUGCUGCAGGGGGCUCACUUUCAAACACAUUAGUGGCAUUGGCUAGACUAGGUAGCCAUUCCAUUGAUGGUCUUCAAUUAAAUGUUGCGAUGGCGGGCAGUGUAGGCAGCGAUCCGCUGGGUGGAUUUUAUAGGGCAAAGCUGCAGCGAGCGAACGUGAACUUUCUCUCUAAGUCUGUUAAGGAUGGAACGACAGGAACCGUCAUAGUUCUUACCACACCAGAUGCUCAGCGAACGAUGCUUGCAUAUCAGGGCACCUCUUCUAGUGUAGAUUAUGACUCUUUCUUGGCGAAACUCGUCUCCAAAACAAGAAUACUCAUAAUAGAAGGUUACCUGCUAGAACUUCCCCACACAAUCAAUACUAUAUUCAGGGCCUGUGAAGAUGCUCGAAAGCAUGGAGCUCUAAUAGCUGUAACAGCAUCGGACAUCUCUUGCAUUGAGAGAUCCUAUGCUCAUUUUUGGGAAAUUAUCAGCAGUCAUGUAGAUAUAGUCUUCUCCAACACCAAUGAAGCAAUCUCUCUCUGUAAUCUAACCUCAAAGGAUAGUCCAAUAGCAGCUGCUAGAUAUCUUAGUAACUUUGUGCCUCUUGUCUCAGUAACAGAUGGUCCUCAUGGGUCUUACAUAGGUGUGAAUGGCGAAGCUGUUUACAUUCCCCCAUCAGCAUGUGUGCCCAUUGGCACGUGUGGAGCUGGUGAUGCAUAUGCUUCAGGUAUCUUGUAUGGAAUUCUGAAAGGGGUUUCGGAUUUGAAAGGUAUCGGCAUGCUGGCCUCGAGGGUGGCGGCGGUGGUGGUGGGGCAGCAGGGAGCUCGCCUGAAGGUUGUGGAUGCUGGAAGACUAGUGAAGUCUUUUGUGCAUCAUCUAGAGAGCUCAGAUUUCUGCUCUGAUCUGGAGUCUGACCACAUAUCCAGCUUCUGAUCCUAUUUAUUCCAGAUUACCAAGAUUCACAUUUUACUGAAUGCAAUUAACGUUUAGAAUUUGUUAUUUAUGAUUGAAUCAGUCAAAUAUUUUGUAUGCAAAAAAAAAAAAAUGUAGAA